AUGACUUCGGUUCGUGGAACUAGUACUUUUUCAGGCACAGCGGCAGUUCCUGAAACAAUUUCAUUUACUAUAUCUUCAGCUUCUGAAACAAGUACAACAUCGACGUCAGUUCCUGAAACGAGUACCAUUUCAGUAACUACUUCAGUUACCACAACUUCAGUUCCUGAAACUACUACUUCAGCUACGACAACUUCAGUUCCUGAAACUACUACUUCAGCUACAACUUCAGUUCCUGAAACUACUACUUCAGCUACGACAACUUCUGUUCCUGAAACUACUACUUCAGCUACAACUUCAGUUCCUGAAACUACUACUUCAGCUACGACAACUUCAGUUCCUGAAACUACUACUUCAGCUACGACAACUUCAGUUCCUGAAACUACUACUUCAGCUACCACAACUUCAGCAUCUGGACUAACUACUUCAGUUACUACAACUUCAGUCCCUGAAACAACUACUUCAGUUACCACAACAGUUCCUGAAACAACUACUCCAGUUACUACAACUUCAAUUCCUGAAAUAACUACUUCAGUUCCUGAAACAAGUACUUCAGUUACCACAACUUCGGUUCCUGAAACAACUACUUCCGUUACUACAACUUCAGUGGUAGAAACAACUAAUUCAGUUACCACAACGUCAGUCACUGAUACAAAUACUUCAGCUGCCACAACUUCAGUUCCUGAAAUAAGUACAAUUUUAGAAACCACAACUUCAGUUCCUGAAACAAGUACUGCUUCAGGUACAACGUCAACUCCUAAAUCAACUACUUCAGUUCCUAAAACAAGUACUACUUCAGUUACCACUUCAGUUCUUGGGACAACUACUGUUUUAGAAACUACAACUUUAGCUCUUGAGACAAGUACCGUUUCAUUUACCACAACUUCAUUUCCUAAAACUACCUCUUUUACCACAACUUCAGUUCCUGAAACAACUUCAAUUACACAAGCUUCAGCUCCUGAAACAACUACUUCAGCCUUUACAAAUCCACUUUCAAAAACAAGCACUACUUUAGAAACUACAACUUCGAUUCCUGAGAGAAGCUCAAAUAAAUUAAACUCAAGUUUAUUUCCUGAAACAAGUACUACUUUAGGUACCACUGCAUCAGCUCCUGAGACAAGUACUAUUUUAGGUACCACUGCAUCAGCUCUUGAGACAAGUACUGUUCCAAUUACCACAACUAGAGUUUUAGAAAUGAGUACAUCAGCUACCACAAUUACAACACCAAAAACGAGUACUGCAGUUAUUGCAACUUCAUUUCCUGAAAGUUUAGAAACCACAACUGCUAUUCCAAGUAGUACUUCAUUUACCACUGCCACUUCAUAUCCUGAAACAAGUACCACUGCAUCAGCUCCUGAGACAAGUACUAUUUUAGGUACCACUGCAUCAGCUCUUGAGACAAGUACUGUUCCAAUUACCACAACUAGAGUUUUAGAAAUGAGUACAUCAGCUACCACAAUUACAACACCAAAAACGAGUACUGCAGUUAUUGCAACUUCAUUUCCUGAAAGUUUAGAAACCACAACUGCUAUUCCAAGUAGUACUUCAUUUACCACUGCCACUUCAUAUCCUGAAAAAAGUACUAUUCCAGGUACAGCAUCAGUUCCUGAAACAACUACUACUUAUGUUACCACAACCCCAGUUCUUGAAAAAACUACAGCUUUAGGAACUACAACUUCGAUUCAUGAAACAAAUACUACAUCAGUUACCACAACUUCAAUUCCAGUUACAAAUACCGUUUCCUUUACUACGACAACUUUAGUUCCUGAAACAAGUACUAAUUCUGCUACUACAACCACAUCUGUUUCUCAAACAAGUAAUACUUAA